AGUCCUUCUCCAUCGUUGCUUUGCUUUGGUGCAAAAGAGAGGAACAGAACAGAACUGAGAGAAGCAAGUGAAACCCUCAAUCACCUAGGCUAAAAUCGUCUCGUCUUCAUUCCUUUUUUUUCCGGUAGCAAAAAAAAUGAUUGGAUAAAGAAAGAAGCAAGUGGAAAGUUUAAAUUUAUUGGAUAAAUAUCUCUCAGGUUUAUAGAAUUGAAAAGAUUUCAUUGAUAAUUGAGCAAACACAAUGAGUGCUCCACCUCAUCAUGAUGAUGACGACGACAACGAAGAAGUUUUCCUUGAUGAGUCUGACAUCAUCCAUGAAGUUGCCAUGGAUAAUGAAGAUCUUCCUGACGCUGAUGAUGAUUCUGAACUCCUCGAAGAGGAUGAGGAUGGUGACUUUGUGCACAAAUUCACUGCUCAUACCGGGGAGUUGUACUCAGUUGCCUGCAGCCCAACAGAUGCAGACUUGGUGGCUACUGCAGGCGGUGAUGACAGAGGAUUUCUCUGGAAGAUUGGCCAAGGGGAUUGGGCUUUUGAGCUUCAAGGUCACGAAGAAUCUGUAUCCAGUUUAGCUUUUAGCUAUGAUGGACAGUGUUUGGCAUCAGGAAGCUUAGAUGGAAUUAUUAAAGUCUGGGAUGUAUCUGGAAAUUUGGAAGGUAAAAAAUUUGAAGGACCUGGAGGGGGCAUUGAGUGGCUUAGGUGGCAUCCAAGAGGACACAUACUCUUAGCUGGUUCUGAGGAUUUCAGCAUUUGGAUGUGGAAUACUGAUAAUGCUGCCUUACUUAAUACAUUUAUUGGUCAUGGUGAUAGUGUAACCUGUGGUGAUUUUACUCCCGAUGGGAAAAUAAUAUGUACUGGUUCUGAUGAUGCAACCUUGAGAAUAUGGAAUCCAAAAACUGGAGAAAGCACUCAUGUUGUGCGGGGCCAUCCAUAUCAUACCGAGGGAUUAACAUGCUUGACAAUAAAUUCAACUUCAACUCUUGCUCUUUCUGGUUCUAAGGAUGGAUCGGUCCAUAUUGUGAAUAUCACCACAGGAAGAGUUGUUGAUAAUAAUGCCCUUGCUUCUCAUUCAGAUUCCAUUGAGUGUGUUGGGUUUGCACCAAGUGGUUCCUGGGCUGCAGUUGGAGGCAUGGAUAAAAAACUUAUCAUCUGGGAUAUAGAGCAUUUAUUACCCCGAGGCACUUGUGAACAUGAGGAUGGAGUGACAUGUUUGGCAUGGCUUGGUGCGUCUUAUGUGGCUUCUGGUUGUGUGGAUGGUAAGGUGAGAUUGUGGGACAGCCGGUCUGGUGAAUGCGUAAAAACAUUGAAGGGGCACUCUGAUGCCAUUCAGUCUCUUUCUGUGUCUUCUAAUCGCAAUUACCUUGUCUCGGCCUCGGUUGAUGGAACAGCUUGUGCUUUUGAGGUUGAAAAUUUUCGGUGAACAAUCCCUGUUGUAUUAUUGCAUAGGAUGAGGUUGUCAUUCAUCCAAGCAAAUCCCUCUGUGUUUAUGUCCUUGGAGGAGGGGAUGUUACCUACAGAAAUCAUAUUACAUGAGUUUUUCCUGGACCCAGACAAUCAUAUUGAACAAAAGGCUGGAUAUUUUUUUCGAAGAUUAUUUUUUAUCUUUAACAUUAUUGGUUUUGAAUUAUAAUGUUCAUACUUAGAGAAUUGUGUAUUCAAUGAAGGUGGGAAUUUUUCCUAACAGAUAAUUAUUAUAUGUACAAGUUUUUCUUAGGGAUUA